AAUUGAAAGGUGAAAAUACACGCAGAAAAAGGAAAAUUAACAGUGAAUUGUGAAAAUCGGAAAUUUUAUGUGCAAAAAUUAUUGAAAAUUAAUCUAUAAUUAGUAAAAAUUGUAGAAAAUUUUAAAAUUAUACAAACUUGUACAAAAAUUGGCAAUCGGUGUUUAUCGAAAUUCCAGUGAAAUAAGAGAAAAAUUGCCAAUUCAUCGUCUUCGCGCGUUCAUAUGAUUAUGCAUGGUACCUGGUAUAAGGGACCACAAUUGGCGCAUCGCACACAUACACACAGCGAUUACCAUCGGGAUUAUACUACAGCUCAUCACGCUCAAUCCCCACACCAUCUCCAUCCUCAUCAUCAUCAUCAUCAUCAACCACCACCGCCGCCUCCACCACCAACAACUUCGUCGCAUUUGCAUACUCAUUCACAUCAUCAUCAUCCGCAUACGCAUCCGUAUCGUUCGUAUCCCUCAUUUGUUGUUACACCAUAUCAUGAGUCGCCGCCCAGCUCAGCACCAACACCGGCAUCCACACCGAUGCCAACACAUGCGGCAGCAGCGUGUUUGAACGGUGUACCGGCACCAAUAUUGGUAGAGGGCUCUUUUGCCGCUACCCCAGUGUCCAAUUCAGCGAUUGGCAUCAAUCAUUUAACAUCAGUUCUGAGUCCUACUAUUAAAGUUGAACAGCCGUUCGGUGAACCUCUAUCUGUGGAUGAGUAUGCACUGAAUUUGGAUUGCAACAUAGGAAGUACUUUUCGGAAGCCCAGCAAUUACACGUGGCCCCUAGCUACCGCCACUCCGCCUGUAAUAGGCAGUUCAACAGUCGAAGCAGUAAACAAUACAGCGCCAUCCAGUAGAAACGUUUCUGGCGUAAAUCAUACGGCAACACACCAUAUUAACUUGCCGCCGUCUUCAGGUUCAGCCACGCCAACACCACCCGUUGGCGGAUUAGAUUUGCAGGCAGUGGUUUCGGGUGAGGCAAGACAUAGUUUUGAGGCAACUUUAAAAUCUCCAACUCAACAACAAUCGACUACGUCACACUCACCUUCGGCACAAGAUCAUUUAGAGCAAAAUCAUCAGCGUAGCUCUGUAUCAUCAAGUCAAUUGAAUAAUCAGCAACAACAACAGCAUCAAUCUCAUACACAACGUAGCUUACACUCUACAGAGUCGACUCCGAAUUCACCAACAACUGUCAACACUACAACAGCAGUGAGUGCCGCCGGCGUAACCACCACAAUGCCAAUCGGUGGAGUUCAGGGUCAAAAUCCCACACAGGGUCUAGUGCAUUGGAUGAGUGCGGUAAUGGCUGAACAUAUGACCGGACAGACGCAUCACGAUCCAACGGCGGUUGGGAUGCAUUACAUGUGGAAUGGCAAUAUGGAUUGUGGACAACAUGGCAAAGAAAUUCCAGAUUAUAACGGUUGGCCAUCAGCGGCUGCUACCCGCACUCACAUGUCAGCCAUCAAGCACGGAUAUGAGGCUAAAAUGAAUGACCAUCACAACAAUUUGCAAAAAGGGCACUUUCUUGAUGACAACCGACUCAUCGAUCAUCACAGCGCUGUUACACCGCAGGGUAAUCAUAGUAGCGGCAUGCCGACAGCUGCCUCUAUUUACGGCCCCAGUGCUGCAUUAAGAGCCGUUGCUACAUCGAACAGCAAUUCGCCGAGCGGGGGUGGCGGUAACGGUGGUUGCAGUUUGGUGACUGCCACUGGUAGUCUUGGUAUAAUCGGCGCAACUAAUGGCAGUCUUGGCGGCAGUAAUAAUGUUGGCGGGGGAACUAUUGUCGGUCUUAGCAGUACGAGUAUAGGCCAUCACGCCCCUACAUCGGGCAAUCAUAUGGCGCAUCAUCACAGCGCCGCGUCAGCAGCAGCAUUACUGGUUGUGCCACAACCGAUUAACGCUAGCAAAAUAAAUGCCUCACUGGGAGCCGGCGGCAGUGGAACAGGAAGGAAGUAUCAGUGCAAAAUGUGUCCGCAGAUUUUCAGCUCGAAGGCAGAUCUACAGCUACAUACUCAAAUUCAUAUGCGAGAAGCCAAACCAUAUAAAUGUACGCAGUGCUCUAAAGCGUUCGCAAACUCAUCUUACCUGUCACAACAUACCCGCAUCCAUCUGGGCAUAAAGCCAUAUCGAUGCGAGAUUUGCCAACGCAAGUUCACCCAGCUAUCCCAUCUGCAACAGCACAUCCGCACCCACACCGGCGACAAGCCGUACAAGUGUCGUCAUCCCGGCUGUCAGAAAGCCUUCUCACAACUCUCCAAUCUACAGUCGCAUUCGCGUUGCCACCAAACAGACAAACCAUUCAAAUGCAAUUCCUGUUAUAAAUGUUUCUCGGACGAGCCAUCACUGCUCGACCAUAUACCCAAGCAUAAGGAGUCUAAACACCUGAAGACACACAUUUGCCAAUAUUGUGGCAAAUCGUAUACGCAGGAGACGUAUCUAACCAAGCAUAUGCAGAAGCAUGCGGAACGCACGGAUAAGCGACCGCCAAUCGCAACUAUAAAUACGACUGGCAGUGCUGGCGGCGCGGGUGCGCCAAUUGGAAGCAAUACCAACAGCACCACUGGCAGUAAUGUCAAUGGUGGAGGUAAUAUUGCAGGCAGUGUUGCUGGUGGUCCUCCUGGUGGCAGUGCCGUUGCGAACAGCUUAUCAAACGCGAAUCCGCAUAACCGGCAGACGCUUGGCUUGCCGCCGGUGUCGAUAGCACCCACCGAGCAUUCCUAUUGGCCCAAGGUCAGUCCAGACUCCGCUGCCAAUAUGUCGGAUGUCAUGCAUCAGCAGCAGCAGCAACAGCACCAGCAGCAGCAGCAGCAUCAUCACCAUCAACAGGCACAACAACAACAGCAGCAUGGCGGUCAGCAGCACCAUCAUCAGCAACAGCAACCGCAACAACAACAACAAUCGCAUAUGGACUUUCCGUCGGUAAACACCGGAGCUGGCGGUAGUUCUGGCGGCGGCGGUGGUGGCUCUGGGGGUUCUGGUGGCCCACCGAAUGGGCAUGGCGACUUACAACCCCAUCACCGCAUGAGCGACAAUGGACGAGAAGAUAUCGUAUCUACGCCAUCCACCGUGGGACCGUACGAUGCAGCAAAUAUUACAAAGACCACCAGCAAUUCCGCUUUCACACCGAUCAAUUCAAUGCCACCACACCUAAAUACACUCAGCCAUCAUCCCAUGGCACAGCGUCCCUAUCUCUAUGAUGCAAUCAGUUUCCAAAAUAAAAAUGUCAAUCAAAAUAAUUCCAAUUCAUUUCCAAAUCAAUUAAUAUCGUUGCACCAAAUUCGAAACUAUGCGCAUCAGCCUGCUGGUCUAAUGGCUGGAGAGCAUUUACUCGGAGUUAGUGUGGGUUCCGGCAAAGACAAAGGAUAGCUAUACUUUUAAGUGCGAAAGCACACACAAUCUAAAGAGGAUUUCUUGGAUGUACUUGAGGAAUAUAUGGAGUAACAAGUGGAGUUUUUCAAGCCACUAUAGGGUUUUUCUACAUUUUUAUUUUAAAAUAUAUUGGCCUAAUGCUUAGUUUGAACAAAUUUGCCAUAACUUCAAAUAGACCAUGAGUUCUACUUACGAAAUUCAUUGAGAUAAAUGCAAGAGAAUUAUUGAAUGUCUGACCAAAUCCCUCUCAUGUUAAAUCAACAAUCAGUCUCUAUUUCUCUCUUAUUGUUAAAUAUGUAGGCAGAAAUAUAAUUUAGGUCAUAGUUUUAAAAGAUAAUUAAAUUUUAGCCAACCUAAUAAUGGCGGCCGCGAUAACCAAGUGGUUAGCUUUGCGUACUGCCAUUCGGAAGACGAGGAGGGGGCUUAGUAUAAACUGUAGGUCCCUCCGUUUCUUGGAAAAACAUCAGGACGCAAAACCUUCAUGGGUUACAAAACGCCUAUUAUAUUUACUGUGUACACGUAUGUUAAACAAAUUCAACAAUGGCAAUAAAAAUGUAAAAAAAUUUGUUCCAAUCGCCGUCCAAGUAGCAACUUUAAAUUCAAAUUGAAGUUACGGAUUUGAAGAAUUCAGUGUUUUCUGGAUUUUUAAUUCGGCUGUCAUUAAAGAAAGUGAUUCCGCUACAUCAAAAUCCGUUCAGCUUUUAUUACUUACUAGAAGAGUAAAUCUCUUCAUAAUCUAAAUACAUAGUUAGAUUCUUUGAAGAAGCAUAUUUGUAUAUGGUUUAAAAUCUACAGUUUAUUCAAUUCUGAUCUUACUAGAAACUUCUAGGAUCACCACUGCUAUAAGGUGUAUUCUAGUUAACAAUAUGGAGUUAUCCAUUUCGUGAUUUUAAAAGAACAAAGCAUUAACGUAGCCACAUUUCGUGCUUUAAAAGGUGUGAUUGUGGUGCCCAAUUCAAGGAUAUUUGAAGAGAAUGGGUCGGUUACAGUUUACCUCGUUCCAUCUCCUUAUACCUUCAACUGAAACCAGCCGACGAUUCACAAUGCCAAACAUGCGGUCAUUGGGUGUUUGAACAACAAGCAGUGGACGGUGAUUUUUUUGCGAUCUCAAUUGUCCAACGAGAUCGUACGAUCGACACCGUUGGACUCCUUCUGUGGGGCUACGCGAAAGACCGUGUUUAUGCGGAUAAACCUUUGACUUUGGAACACUUGAAAACCAACUUCGUGAAGUUAUUGCUGAGGUACCACCCAAUAUGGGCCAAACAAAUUACCUCAGACGUAUGGCAGUUUACAAAUUUUUGCAAGGCGGUCAUUUGAAUGUUGAAACUUUAUGAUAAGAAAAAUGUUAUUUUAUUGUAUUUUAAUUCCGUUUACCUUCUAGAACGCAAGAUGGAUAACACUGUAUUUUCAAAUAUUUUAAAAUUAAAUCAAAACGGUUUCUUAAUUUACAUUAAUGAAUGAAGAAAUGGAUACACUUUACUCUCUUCCAUAACAGCUCCGUGACACUUUGGAUAGUUGAUUUUGACCAAUUGAAAUCUUAGCAUAAAAAAUACGUACUCUUCCCUUUGUGAAAGCAAAAUCUUGAAAAGACUGAAAAAUAUAUGAGUUCUACUCAAGCCCCGAUAAUAUUUGGUAAGAUUUUAGAAUAAUUAAAACCUGAAUGAAGCCAAUUUAAGACAUUUGUCUACGUAAAUCUUUUUAAAAAAGAAAAUGCCCAUCCAUGAUUGCACAUUUCUUUCUUAACGUAUAAAGUGUUUGCCGAUUGACUCAAGUACAGAUUUAUGGAAUCCUUAAAAUAGUCCAAAAGCUGGCAUGUCCUGUCUUGCCGGUUAUCGUUCCGCUGGUGAUUACAAAUAGCCCAACAAGUAACUGUAAAACUAAAUAAAUAAAAAUAAAAUACAAAAAUAGCCGAGCAUAAAAUCAACACACUUAAAAAUAGUGAAUUUAAGAAUUUUAUUAAUUUAAAAUGAGAUAGAAUAUUUAUUUAUAAGAGAUUUGUACGUACAUAUGUAGGUAUUGCAAGCGAAGCGUUAGUUGUGUAAAACUGUUUACUAAUUUAUAUUAAUAUGUAUGUAUAUUUAUUUAAGUGCAUUUAUGAAAAUAUGUUCAAAUCGAAUUGAAAAUUUUCAACUGUAAUUAAACAUAGAUUUUAACGGUUACAACUGUAAAAUGAUAGUAAAUAUUUGAACUAAAUGGAAACAAAAAGCCGUCGCAAUGAGAGAAAUAUACUAGCAGAAGUUUGUAAAUACUAAAUAUGGUAUAUAAACAUACCAACAUACAUAUGUAAGUACUCAAUACUUUUCUCGAAGCUUGAGUGAUUAGAUACUAAAGAAGAUAUGUGAAGUAAUGCAAAUUAAUAACUAUGAUAAGAAGAAUAAAUCAAUUGAAAAGAAUAAGGAUAAAUAUUUAAAAUACGUGUUA